GAAGCUCGAGGCCGGCCGGCGCGCCACUGCCGCGGCCAGCGUCGUCUUCGACAGUCGCCACUCGUCACCCCUCCUCCUUCUCCUUCCGAUGGACCUGUGCGACGGCGGCGACCUGGGCUUGGGCGACCGGCGCGACCUCGAGAGCGCCCGUGCGCGCGGUGAGCGGGGCGACAGGCGCGACCUCGACGGCGCCCGUGCACGCGGUGAGCGGGGCGACAGGCGCGACCUUGACAGCGCCCGUGCGCGCGGCGACCUGUGCGACGGCGACGGCCGCGACCUCGACGACCCCCGUGCGCGCGGCAACCUGUUCGACGGACGCGACCUGGACGGCGCACGUGCGCGAGGCAACCUGGGCGACUGCCGCGACCUCGACAGUGCACGUUCGCGCGGUGACCUUGGCGACGGCCGCGGCUCUGUGGACCGCAUCAGGUCGAGUCUGCAGCACUGGAACAGCACCAUCCGCGGCGACCACGGGCAGCCGAGUGGCAAGACAGCACGCCAUGAUUUGCAAGGACUUGUGAACAAAGACAUAAAUCGUGUGUGGAACCAUGGUUCUAAAUUUGAGGGAGGAUUUCAUUGUCAGUAUUGCAACCUAAGGAAGAGAGGAGGAGGUGCAACUCGCUUUAAAGAGCAUCUUGGCCAUGUAGUAGGUGAAGUGAGAGAGUGCCCAAAUGUUCCAAGAAAUGUGAAAGAUUUAAUGAAGAAUGCCGUGUAUGAGACAAGGAACAAAAAGAGGAAGAAGGCAACUGAUAAGCUUAGAUUGGAGCGUGAGAUAAUGGAUGGGUUGUAUCAUAGGGAAGGGGUGAUAAACAUUGACGAUGAUGAUGAUGCUGAACUUCAGAUGGCAAUUCGGGAGUCACUUAGCGACAAGAAUGUCUCUCGUGCAGUUGAGAGGAGGCGUGGGAGUGGUAGUGGUGUCCGCGUCUCUGUUGGGAAAAGUAGCAUCGCAACCUUCUUCAACAAGGAGUUAUCGAGCAACAAAGUAUCAAUGCAGCCCAAGAUUACCACCUCUUUCGAUCUUGAGUCAAGAGAUGUACUCGGCCAAUCUUGGGCAAAUUUUUUUCACGCAAAUGAUAUUGCUGGUCUGAAAGCUGACUGUCCAUACUUUCGGGCAGCAAUGAAGAUCACUCAAAAGCUUGGCCCAAUUCCUCUCCCAACUGCCAAGGAGAUUGAUGGGAUAUAUCUAGACAAGAACUAUGAUGAAGCUGUGGAGUGGCUGAAGAUUUUCAAACAAGAUUGGAAGAACUUUGGUGUUACCGUGAUGUGUCACUCAUGGACUGGGCCUACUGGCAUGAGUGUUAUCAACUUCAUGGUGUAUUGCAAUGAAAAAAUGUUUUUCCAUAAAUCCAUUGAUGCUUCUGGUCAAACUCAAAAUUCUGAAUUUAUCUAUAGACAGAUUAAAAAGGUUGUUGUUGAUGAGAUAGGACAUGAGAAUGUGGUUCAAAUUAUAACCGACAAUGGUUCAAAUUAUAAAAAAAUUUGUAAAACUCUUGUAGAACAACCGGAGUACAACCAUAUUGUUUGGCAACCAUGUGCUGCCCAUACAAUCAACCUCAUGCUUAAAGAUAUUGCUAAGUUUCCGGAAGUUGAUGUGAUAGUUAAAAGUGCCAAGCAAAUCUGUAGGUUUUUUCAUAAUCACAAUAACCUGCAUGAUAGCAUGAAAAAGAAUGUUGGCGGUGAACUGAUAAAACCCAAUGCCACUCGGUUUGGUACGGUGUUCUUGUUCCUUGAGAGUUAUCAUGAAAAGAAGGAUCAGUUUAGGAAAUGGAUGGUAUCUGAUGAUUGGAAGAAAAGUAUUUGGAGGAAGGAUGCUGAUUAUGUGUUUUCCGAGGCAUUACUAUCUAGUAAUAUGUGGUGGGCUGCCUUGGAGUGGGUUCUUAAUCUGUUAGAGCCACUUUAUAAAGCCCUUAGGUACGCUGAUACUCAAAAGCAAUGCACCUUGUCUGGCUUCAAGAAGAGCAUGAUGACAGCUGUACAAACUUUGGAAUCUCGUCUUGGUGGUGGGUCAGAAAUGCUUCGUAGAGUCAUGAGCAAGGUGUCCCAUAGGAUUGAGGCCAUGGAAAAGGAUACUCUAAUGGUUGCAGCUGCUGUCCUUGAUCCAAACACACAUUAUGUGGUCAAUCUGAGCAAUAUUCCGGAAUUCGCUUCUGCACUAACAGUUGCGAUAGAGAAGAUAGCUGACCCUGAUAGUGCUGCUUUGGCCAUUUAUGAAAUCAGCGCUUUUAGGGAACGUCGUGGAAGGUUUGGUCAACGGGUCGCACACAUUUCAGCAGAAAAAAUGUCACCAACCGAGUGGUGGUUUCAGUUUGGAGGGGACGUUCCCAAUCUGCAGAAGUAUGCCUUGAGAAUUGUUUCCCAAUGUGUGUCGUCAAGUGGAUGUGAAAGGAACUGGAGCGCUUGGGCCUUGGUCCACACGAAACAAAGGAAUCGUCUAUUAUAUGGCAAGCUGCACAAGUUUGUAUCCGUUCGCCACAACUUGAAGAUACGUGCUGAAGAAGACAAGGACCGGGUGAGAGAGAAUGAUAAAUAUAAGGAGGUUGAUCCAUGUGCAAUGAUGAUGAAUACAACCAUGUUUGAUGAGGCUAAUCCAAUGAUGGAGUGGUUGAAUGAGGAUGAGGAACAUGUAAUCUUGGAUGGAUCUGAUGCUGCUAGCGCCGUGUUCGAGGAAAUACGUCGCCUUAACUCAAGCAAGAAAUCCUCUCAUCUUGGAAGGAAGGGCAAUGGAACGAAAAGGAAGAGAGUAUUGGAAGAAGAUGAGGAUGACUACAUUGAUUGUGAUGAUGAUGAAGAAGAAGAUGAGUACAUAGACAUUGAUGAUGAGGAUGAAUGCGGAGAUGAUAGCGCAAGUGAAGCUGAUGGAGAAGAUUCAACUACCCGAGUUGAAAAAGAUCAACCAAGCCAAGAUGGAAACGAGGUUGAGGAAAGAAAUGAUGGAGGUUUGCUGAACUGCCGUAGGUCUCGACGAGGAAAGCAAAGCACGAAGCUGAAGGACUUGACGAGCCUUUACAAUUGACAGGUAAGUUCAUAGAAGCAUUUGGAGCAUCGUAUGUGGUCGCAAGGUUGCUGUGCAGUGAAGAAAUGACACAAGAAUGGAAGAAGGAAGCUUCUGGUUGCAUUUUGUGGUGUAUGAGAACUCUGAAUGUUAUUUUGUGGGAUGCAUGAAAUGUUGUCCAGGACUAGUUGUGGACAAUUCAUUUGGAUGGAUGUUCUUUUGCUAUGAUCUUGGAUGUAGUUAAACUAUGCUACGGAUUGGCCUGGAUGUAGAACCUAAGUUAUGAUUGGUAGACUAUAAUCUUUACUCCUGAUUCGUCAAUCUAGAUUGAAUUCUGGAUUGCUAUAGUUUGCCUUCAAUUAAGUAUGUUUCUGUGAUA